UAGUGUCAAGAAGAAGAAACUAGUUAAUUUUAAUAUGUUUUUGUACAAAGAGAAAUCAAAAUUUUUAUAUUCUGUUUAAAAAAGCUAUAAGAUUAAAUUUUGUUUUCUAAUAUUAUUAAUAAUGAAAAAAUUUCUUAAAAAAACAUUUUAAUGUAAAUGAAUAAUUGCAAAUUCCUUUGGCUCCGAAAUAUUUCAAAAUGCAUUGAAUUGGGUGUGGAUUUAUGACAGGCGAUUGGUUUACUAUAUAUAAUUAUAAAUUAGAUAAGUACAAUAAAGAAUAAGCAAUUGUGUAUCUGUAUUGGAAAAUUUUAAUAAUUUUUUGCGAACAAAUAAAAAGGAACAAAAUCAAAAUACGGAGUUUUGGAUUGGGCUUAAAAAUUUUGAAUAGCUAUGAAUACAGUAAAAAUAUUAUUUUUUAAGAAAAAUACAAAGCAAUUAGUAUUUCAAUGGAAAGGAAUAUCGUUUUUGAUAAUCACAUCACUUGUAAUACUUGCUGUAUACCUGAAUAAAACACAAUCAACUUAUAAACAUGAAGCAAUUGAUUUUGAAAUUACUAAUAUAGAUAGCGAUGAUCACAAGGCAUUUUUAGGUGCUGGAAAUGAUGAUUUUCUGUUUUAUUAUCCGUCUGAUGAAUUCACCGAUAAUUUAAUGGAUAAAGUUCGAAUAAAAUUAGAAGUACAAUCAGAAAGGGUAUUUUCUUUUGACACAAAAGAAGAUAUGUUUCUUAACUUAGAAGAAAAACGAGGAACAAGAAGUUAUGCUAUAUCUUUCGAAUCAUAUCCACCGAAAUCAAGAGAUUCUAGGAAUCUAAAUUAUACUUUAACAUCAACUACAUUAAAGGUCUCUACAUGGAAGAAAUUUUACAACGAUGAUAAUGUAGUUAGUAUAAGAAAUUAUGAUGAUUAUGUAGCUAGUGGUUUUUUUUUAUUACAACAUGCAAUUGAUUAUAGUUUUUACACCAUGCAAACCCAAAAUGCAAGAGUAAUUCAAAUAGAUUUUGCUCCCAUGCCUCAUAUUGGCGUGGAAGGUGUUAAUAGUACCAGAUUAACAUUUUAUGGGAUCAUAUUUGUAAUGAUGUUCUUCUCACUGCUGCUUGUAACAUAUUUAGUACAACUUGUCGAAGAAAAUGAAGGGGGCAUUCGAGAUUUUUUAAUGUUGUCUACCACGUAUCAUUACUGGAAUGAAAUAUCAUUUUUUACUAUUAGAUUUGCUAUGUACUUUAUCGUAGCUUUUAUUUCUAUAAUAAUUGCAAUCGUAUUUCAAGCGAUUGGACACGCACCAAUUUUUCAUCUUUUGAUACUAAAAAUUCUCUUUAUUUUAUCAUCUAUGUUUUUUGCUCAUUUUUUAUCUGCAUUGUUUAAAAGUGCAUUCUCUGCUAAAGUUGGCGGAUUUAUGAUUCUUUUAGGACCCUGUAUAUCAUUUGUAUUUGACAGUACAACUGUAAUAUCAACAAUUUUAACAUACAUUUUACAUGGAAAUACAUUUCUUGAAGGAAUUAGAAUAUUUCAAAUAUAUACUAACAAGCAUAGGGAGUUCACUUUUUAUUCUAUGGGAGAUAACAUAACUGAAUAUUCAUUCAAAAUGAUCUCAAUUUAUUUUAUAUUGAUAUUGCAAUGCUUAUGUUAUUCAAUAUUUUACUAUGUAAUUGCAUUUGCGUUUACUGGUAAUGGAAGACCAAGAAGACCCGAAGAAAUUUUCAUUCAGGGAUCUUGCCUCAGCUCUCCAGAUUUUGAGCAAAAUAGAAUUGAUGAAGUUGAUGAAAAUGAUGACGGUAGCAUGGAUAUAAUUCAAUUGAAAGACCUAACAAAGGAGUUUAAAAACAGAUUCAAUUCUAAUACACACACAGCUGUAAAUAAAUUAAAUAUGAAAAUUACAAAUAAUUGUAUUACGGUCUUAUUAGGACAUAAUGGUGCAGGAAAAACAACAGUUAUAAAUAUGAUUGUUGGAAACAUACCGAAAACUUCCGGCGAUAUUGUAAUUUGUAAUAAAGAAAAUCUUUUAAACAUAAGUCAUUUAAUCGGCUAUUGUCCACAACAUAACAUUUUUAUGCGUUACAUGUCUGUUAGAGAGCAUUUAGAAUUUUUUUCUGAGUUAAGAGGCCUGUCAAAAUUAGAAUUGAAUGAGCACGUUGAAAGUUUAUUAAAAAAAUUAAAGUUAGACAAAAAGGAAAAAGAAUUCGUAACCAAUUUAUCUGGUGGAAUGAAAAGAAGAUUGUCAUUGAGCAUAGCAGUUUCAGGAAAUACAAAAAUUGUAAUAUUAGACGAACCCUCAUCUGGAUUGGAUCCUGAAUCAAGACGAAUAAUUUGGGACAUUUUGCUAGAGCUUCGUAAAAGUAAAGCAAUUCUUAUAACAACACAUCACAUGGAGGAAGCAGAAAUCCUUGGCGAUAAUAUAUCAAUAUUAUCACAUGGAACGCUAAUAAGAUCAGGUACUGCUAUAGAGUUAAAACAUAAAUAUGGAUUCGGAUAUAUUUUAAAACUGCUAAUCAAUCAAGAUUCGGAUAGAUUUCACGUAGAGUACUGUAUGAAAAAAAUUCAAAGAAUAAUACCAACCGCGAUUAAAAGUUCAUUAAAUUAUCCAACUUUGGUUGUAAGGCUGCCUUUCGAUGAAAGAUCAAAUUACUUCAAGUUAAUGAAGUAUUUGGAAGAUAAUUUAACAAAAUUGGGCCUUCAAUCUUUAAGUAUAACUGAUACGACCUUGGAUGAGGUAUUCCUUAAUUAUGAAAAUUACUCAAAAUCAUCGAUAGUCAUUGAUAUGCUAAAAGGGAACGAUGAAACAGAUUCAAUAAUAACGAAAUACAGUAAACUUGAUAACGAAAAUUUAAAAAAGAUGAAUGGGAAAGAUAAUACUAUUGAUAAAAAUUUAUUAUUGCAACAGUUAUGGGGUGUAUUCUAUAAGAAAUUCAUUUUUAUGUCGUCGGAUUUCUUUCCGUUAAUGUUGCUUUUACCAUUAAUAGGUGUUUUUGUAUCAUUUGCUGCAAUCAAAUGUGCUGAUUGGACAUUAAAUAAAGACUAUAAGCCGUUUCACAUUGACUUAAAUAACACCGCGUCAAACGGAACGAUUUAUUUUAAACUGGAGCCGAAUUUUCAUAGAUUAAAAAAUUGUUUGGCCAUUGAGUUGAAAAAUCAAAAUAUCACACCUAUAUUUUUGGAAGGUGAAAGGGAAUCCUUAGAAUUACGCUUAAAUGAAGAACAAAAAUUGAAUUUAACCUAUUUUUACGAUGAUGUAAUAGGUGGCGUGAAAAUUGGAGGUGACCCUUUGAGUAAUAUGCCAAAAGUUACAGUCCUGUAUUCACUGAACAUGCUACACAGUUCUGUAGCGUUACUCAACCUGGUAGAUAACAUUUUUCUGAGAGAUUUUGAUUGCAGUCAUGGCCAUAUCGAAACUUGGAACAUACCAUUCUCCAGAAUUGGUGUAUCUGAUGGACCAAUUACACCAUAUAAGUUAGAUUUGUAUGCUACGAUAAUGCCUGUUGUUUGGUUUUUAACAAUGAUUUUCUAUUUGAUACUCCCAUUUUAUGAAGAAAGGUCUGGAUUUAAGGACUUACAACCUGUUCAACCACUGUGGUAUUGGAUAUUUUUUACAAUUUGUGAUCUUGCAGCGCAUUUUGUUAUUUGCAUCUUUUUAUUUUUACCUCAUAUUAUUUACAUUUUAUUUGAUAUUUACGAUUCUAAUGAAGUAUCGUUAUUAUUAUUCGCUUAUUUUUUCUAUGGCGUAGCUUAUAUACCACUUUUAUAUAUAAUAGGAAGAUGUUUUCAAACAAUAUCGUCAUUGUGUUCAUUUCUCUUUUUAAUAUUUAUUAUUUCAACUAUUACUCCUAUUUUAACAUCAAACAAUGAAGAAUCUAUCAGAGACUAUUCAGCUUUGAUAUGGUUUAUGUGUUUUUUGCCAGAUUUUCUUUUAAAGCACCAAAUUAAGUUGGUAAAUGAAAAUUAUUUCAUACAUCGAAGAAAUAUUUUAGCUAAAAACAAACCAACACCAGCAAAUUUAACCGGAAAACAAAGUGUAGAACUAAAUACUUUUAACAUUUACUUCUAUGCCAUAGUUGUAUUUAUAAUCGCAGAAAUAUUUUUGAUAACUAUCUGGGACAAUAUAAACCGUCGUACGACUUUAAAAGAAUUUUUUUCUUACAUUUUUUGCUUUAGUAAAAUGUUACGAUUUAACGAUUGCAAAAAAAAUGACACUUGCACAGCAGAGUUAAGUGAAAAUGAUACAGCUGAAGAUCAGGUUUUAUUAGAAAAAGAAAAAGUUCAUAAACUAAGUGAAGAUUGUGCAAGAAAAGAUGAAUAUCCUUUAGUGGUUGAUAAGAUUCAUAAAAAAUAUGAUCAAAUUUCUGCAGUAAAAGACGUCAAUUUUCUCGUAGAGACUGGUGAAUGUUUUGGUUUAUUAGGUUUAAAUGGCGCUGGAAAAACGAGUUUGUUUAAAAUGCUUAUUGGUAGUGAAAAGAUCACUAGUGGUCAAAUUUCAAUCAAAGGAUUAACAUUGGAUAAAAAUUAUAAUAAUUAUAUGCGCUCAUUUGGAUAUUGUCCACAAGAAGAUUCGUUGAAUGAAUUCAUGACUGCUUAUCAAAUACUAAAGUACAUGGCGCUAAUCCGUGGUGUAGAUUCAAUGAAAGUCGAUUCUUUGAUUGACUUCAUGUUAGAUGAAUUAAAUUUAUCUAGUUUUAAGUCUGUACAAAUUAAAUAUUAUUCUGGGGGAACAAAACGAAAACUUAGCACAGCUAUGGCAAUAAUUGGAGAUCCUCAAUUAAUUUUGUUAGAUGAGCCAACAACCGGUGUCGAUCCAGUUUCAAGACGUUUAAUGUGGAAUAUUAUACGUCAAUGUCAAAGAAGAGGGAAAACAGUUAUUUUAACGUCACAUAGUAUGGAUGAGUGCGAACAACUAUGUGGGCGACUAGCUAUUAUGGCGAAUGGUCAAUUUCAGUGUAUUGGUUACGUACCAGAAUUGAAGUUGAAGUAUGGAAAAGGAUAUACAUUUUACAUAAAAUUAAAGAAUCGUAAUGCAUAUGAUAAAAUUCAAGAACAAAUACAUCAUUAUUUAUUAGACAUUAUGCUACGGGAAGAGCAUGAUCAAAUCUUAACAUAUGUUAUAAAAAGUUCGCGAUAUGAUUUAUGGCGGUUUUUAAAUAACUUAGAUCGUUUUUAUACAGAUUUCGAACAUUUAAUAGAUGAUUACUCAAUAAGUGAAGCAUCGUUGGAAGAUAUAUUUUUAAACUGUGAACAUCUUUGCUACAACAGUUCUAUGGAAAUAAGUAACUUAUAAAACAAAAAUUUUUUAUAUUUGCGCAUGAAAUUUUUUAAUCUUUGCAGCAAAAUAAAGCUUUAAAACUUGUAGUUUCUCAACUACAAAAAAUUAGGUUUAAAGCUUAUUUGAUUUAAAUUUGUAAAAAUAUUUAACAAAUUUUGCUGUGUACUAAAGAAUUAUAAAUAACCAUGAUGAUCUUAUGCAUAAGCCACACUUUGUUUAUCUUAGUUUGGAGGCAUGCUAUAAUUUUAAUUGGUCCCAACUUGACUUUAGUCGGAUGAUAUGAUAAUGGCAUACAUGUUAGAAAAUGAAAGCAAUAAUUUAAAUAUUACUUUUUCAAUCAUUUGGAAAAAAUUUUACUGUUUUCUUCAGUUUGCUUGAGAUCUAUACACUGAUUUUCCAGAAUUCAUAUAACAAUUCAAAAAGUAUUUAACGCCCUCACAUAUGUAAAUUUUUAUUGAAUUUAAGCAAGACACGAAAAAAAAAAUAAAUUUAAAAUAUUUGGCAAAAACGUUUUAUUUGAAGAUUUGAUAUUGUGAUUGUUUAAAAAAGAGAUGGAUAGCAAAAUUAAGAAGCAAAAAUUGUUGAAUUCGAUUAUUGAUGAAAUUACUAGUGGUAACAGAGAAAAUAGUUAUAAUUUUAAAGCACGAAUUUUGUAAAAUAGAAAUUAUUUGAAAAUGCACUUUUAAUUAAUUAUGCUUGUGAAAUUACUCGUUCAAGAGGCCGAAAUGAUAAAACUAUCUUUUGAUUGAACUUAAAAUUGGUUUAAGCAAAAAAUAUUUGUUAUAUUUAUUAGCCAUAUAAAAAUACGUAAACAUAUAAAAUAUGCAAAGUUACAAGGAUAAAGAAAUGCUAUACAGUUUUAUACUUAUACUAAACAGUUGAAAAUUAAAACUUAAAGAAAAUGUUAAUUAAGUUAAUGCACAUUCCAAAAAUAGGAUUGAUAUUUUUUCAACUAUUUAUUUUUCAAAAAUAUUAGUUUGAAUCAAGAAACUUUUAAUUUUGUUUUUGUGAAACAGCUUUCGAUUUUGUCUACGUACUCAACUUAAUUCAAAAAUAUUAGCUCAGCUCAGAAACUUAAUUCAAAAAUAUUCUAAUACAGUAUUAUCCCGAAUCAUUUUUGGUAAGAGUGAUCAGACGUCUUACUUUCCAUUUUUACUAAUAUUUGAGAAUAUUUUUCUUUGAAUCGAAAUUUAUCUAAAACUGAUUAAUUUUUAUGUGAGAAAUUUCACUUACAAGCACAUAUUGUCGGAAUUAAUUAAUUAUAUUAAUGACUUAAUUAUGAAGGAAUUUUUAUCGAAAAACGUUUGAAGAACAAAUGAAAAUUUGAAAGUAAAAUAUUUUGUAUGUAUGUACUUAGAACUUUUUUAUACUCUUUUUAUAAAACAUAUUUCAGCAGUAAAGUUUGAAAUGAACUUAACGCUAAGCACAUAUUGUUACAUAUUCUUAUAAUAUAUUCAUUACAUGUAAGUAAUAUGAAAAUAGUUGCAAACACGAAAAUUCAAUUAAUUGAAAAAUUGCCCAUGUAUAGAAAAGAAAAUCAAUUAUUAUCAUUAAUUUAUCUGGCAUUAUGACUAAUAAUUCAUGCAAUCAGUAUAUUUAGAAAUGCAAGUAUAAAAUUAUCAUUAUAAAAUCUUUGUUUUCUAAUCUGACACCAAAUAAUUUGUAAUAUCAAUAACCAUAACAGAAUCAUUUUUGAAUAUGUACACGCUUUUAUAAAAGAAGAUUGAUUUUAAUAAAAUAACUGUACAGGUAUUUUAUUACAAUCAUUUAAAAUAACUAAGAAAUAUUUUCAAGUACGUAUUAUUUCGAACUUAUUUAAUACAUUUUCCUUGCUUCGAUAUUAAUUAUUAUUUUUGUGCGUCACAAUUAUAUCUGCCAGUAACAUACUCAAAGCAAAGCUUAACUUAAUAUUAUGUAAUUUUAUAAAUUUUGCAAUUGCAAUUUUCAAAAUGUGCUGUAAGUUAUAAUUUGAAUAAAACAAAUUAAAUAGAAGAAAUAAAAGUGGCAAGAACCACUUGAAGAUAUGUAUUGAGAUGGUCGAUACCUACAUACUCAAAUAAAUUGUAUGUUAUCACAAAAUUAUAAGCACUGGCGAAUAAUUUAAAUUAUAUUAUUGUCCCAGGUAUAUUGUUUAUUUAUCAAUUUUUUAUUAAUUUAAAUAAUGAUAAAAUUGAUAUUUAAAAAUAAUAUCCCAUUUUAAUUUAUAUUAAAAAUAAAUUUAUUAUUUUGAAUGUUUUUAUUCAUAAUAAUGUUAUGAGAAUAAUUAUAAAUCCAAUCAAAAUAACUUAAAUUCAAUAAAGAUUAAAAUGUAUUUAAAUUAAAAAAUUUAAAAUUGCUUAAUAAUUUUUUAAAAAAAUUACUUUGUAAGCAUAAAAAUUUGUAAUAACAAAGCUGAUUUGAUCUGCAUUUUUUGUUAAUUUUUUUUAUCUAUUUAUUAUUUUAAAAAUAAGAUAGCAUAGUAAUAAUGUUAAAAUUUUUGAAAAUACACCUUUUCCGAAAAAAUGUAAUGUAAAUAUUAGAUAUAAGAAAUGUUAAAAUGAAAACCUAAAAAUAUGAUAAUCCUAUAUAGUUUUGAUGUUAGAGAGUUAGGAUAGUUCAAAAUAUUAAUUGUAUUGAGUGUUAUAAAUUUGAAAGAAAUGUUACUUAAAUAAAAGGAAAAGUACCACUGUAAGAAUAUU